AUGGGCUGUUCAUAUCAGACUGGUCGACUUGACAAGAUGAAGGAGCACACAAAGAAAAAGCAUCCUACCAUACCUCAUUCCGAUUGCGUAGGUAUAAGCAAUCGUCGAGGGGCUAAGACUGAAAUUUUUUUACACUCUGAGAUCUAUCAUUUGCCAGAAAGUGAGGUUGAAUGGGUACCGGAAACAUGUGAUUUGAGCGCGUUCGUGUGGAAGGAUAGUAACCUUGGAGCCAAAAGUAUGGGUAUGGAGUUUCCUAUCCAAAUUUUUGACAAGUUGUAAGAGCGGAGAAGCUUGUCUGUAAUUUGGAGGUAGAAGAGGAGGAUAGGUGGACUCGUGGAUGGGUACAGCAUGCAGGAACGCCCCCGUUUGAUCAAUAAGGAAAUGUUGUUUACCAAUUAAUGGAUAUUAAAGUCUGAUUUAUAGCUCAAA